GUUUCCAGGAGCCGCCAUGUGUGUCAAGGCAACACAGAAAACAUUCGACCAUGGACCCUCAGUCAGCGAUGCUCAAGCUCUUCAUCCUUCCCCCCCGCUCCUGUUCUGGCCUCCGGGCCCGCGCGGCCGCGCGUCAGGAGGAGAAGCGGCUAAAGCGCGCCCUGAGAGAGGCGGAGGGCGGGCGCGCCGGCGGCUUCAACGACAGGCAGGACCUGCAGGUGGACAGGAAACCACCCCCGGAAGAGGACGACUGCGAGUACGACGACUUCGGGCGCAGGAAGAAGAGGCGGCCCGAGUCGCAGAAGCGCGUGUGCACCGACCCCAGCGUGCGCAGGGCCAUGGAGAAGCUGCGGCAGAAGACCAGCAGAGGAGGGCGGUCCCGACCGAGCCGGGUUGUCGAGGCCCUCCCGCUCGCGCUCCCGGUCGCGCAGCAAGGACGGACCGGUCGGACGCCCAGCAGGGCGCGCCGGGCGACGUGCGUGGGUGCGUGUAGGGCGCCAGCGGCGCCGCCCGCAGCUUGCAUGCUUGUCGAGCCAGUGGCGUGCAGAAGGGGGCCCCCGUGGAACCACGGCAGGCCUGACCCCGCCGUUCCGCCGCAGGGCCGCGCGCAGUCGAGCGUCGCAGACCGUGGCUGAUGCCGACCUGCGGCCAGUGCCCGAAAGCAAAA